AUGGUAGCUAAAGACGAUUAUACAUAUCAACAAGGUUUUGGAAACCACUUUUCAUCAGAGGCUUUGAAAGAUGCACUCCCCAAAGGUCAAAACACACCUCAGAAAUGCCCUUAUCACCUUUAUGCAGAGCAAUUAUCAGGUACCGCAUUUACAGUGCCUCGAACACAUAAUCAAAGAAGUUGGCUUUAUCGCAUUCGUCCUUCUGUUGUCCAUGCACCUUUCAAGCGAAACGAGACAGUCAAUCCAUUGUUCACUUCCAAGUUUGGCUGUGAAGAUGCACUUAUUACACCCACUCAAAUUCGUUGGAGUCCCUUUAGUUUACCAGAGGAGGGCGAGAAGCUGGAUUUCGUACAGGGUUUGAAAACAUUAGCUGGAGCGGGUGAUCCUGCUUGUCGAAGCGGACUCGCUGUUCAUAUUUAUACUGGAAAUAAAGAUAUGGAAAAAAAAGCAUUCUAUAAUGCGGAUGGAGACUUUCUCAUCGUGCCACAACAGGGUACAUUGGACAUUAUCACAGAAUUUGGUAAAAUGAAAGUAGCACCCAAUGAAAUUGCAGUCAUUCAAAGAGGGAUUCGAUACCAAGUUUGCCUGCCUGAAGGCGCUUCCAGAGGAUAUGUAUUAGAAGUAUUUGGUGCCCACUUUGAGCUGCCUGAUUUAGGCCCUAUCGGUGCCAAUGGUCUGGCCAACCCUCGUGAUUUCUCAACACCUAUCGCAGCUUAUGAAGAAGAAGAUCAUGUAGAAUGGGAAAUCAUCACAAAGUUCAAUGGCGUUUUAUUCAGUGCAAAACAAAAUCAUACACCCUUCGAUGUCGUAGCAUGGCACGGCAACUAUGCACCUUAUAAAUAUGAUUUGGCCAACUUUUGUGUUGUCAACAGUGUUUCUUUUGAUCAUAUCGAUCCAUCUAUUUUCACCGUCUUGACAGCGAAAUCAGAUACACCGGGUGUCGCAAUAGCUGACUUUGUCAUUUUCCCUCCUCGUUGGGCUGUACAAGAACACACCUUCCGUCCACCCUACUUUCACCGCAACUGUAUGUCUGAAUUCAUGGGUUUGAUCACAGGAGAUUAUGAUGGAAAAUCAGAUGGAUUCUUGCCAGGCGGGGGUUCACUUCAUAGUGUGAUGACACCCCAUGGACCUGAUGCUGCUGUUUUCGAAGCAGCUUCUAAUGCAGAUUUGAAACCAGUCCACGUUGGAGAUAACAACCAAGCAUUCAUGUUUGAGACAAGCUUUAUGCUCUCUUUGACUUAUUGGGGUUUGGAAACUUGCGGAAAAGUACAGCAUGAUUAUUACAAGGCAUGGGAGAAGCUGGAGAAUAAGUUUACUGGAAAACUGGAAUAA